AUGAGGCCAACCCGCCAGCUUCUCUCCCUACUGUUCUUGUUGCAAUGCAUCUUCCUCCUUCCCAUCCAAACUUCCGCCGUUGACAAGCUCGAAAAAGGCCAGAACCUUACCGACGGCGAGACGUUGGUCUCGGCCGGCGGCACCUUCACCCUGGGCUUCUUCUCUCCCGGCGUGUCCACCAAGAAGUACCUCGGAAUAUGGUUCUCCGAGUCAAACGACACUGUCUACUGGGUAGCGAACCGCGACGACCCUCUCGGCGACGGGUCCGGCAUGUUGGUGUUCAACAACGAGGGCAGCCUCGUCCUGCUCGGUGCCUCCGGCCGGUCGGUAUGGUCUUCAGACUUCGUCGGCAGCGCUACAGCGCCGGUGGCUCAGCUCGUCGAGUCCGGCAACCUUGUCGUGCGCAACGGCACCAGCGACGCCUCUCUCUGGCAAUCGUUCGAUCACCCGUGCGACACCUUGCUGCCGGGCAUGAAACUGGGCAAGAACUUUUGGAGCGGAGACAAGUGGGUACUCACGUCGUGGCGAUCGGCCGACGACCCUACUUCGGGGGACUACAUCCGCACGCUGGAAGCGACUAGAUCGAGCGGGCUGCCGGAGCUCGUCCUAUGGCACAACGGCGUCAAGACGUUCCGAACAGGGCCCUGGAACGGGCGGUGGUUCAACGGCGCCCCGGAGGCGUCGACGUUCUCGGACAAGUACCAGCUGCACGUGGACACCAGCGCGACCGAGACGACGUACGGGUACACCGCGUCGCCCGACGCCCCGCUGACCCGCGUCGUGGUGAACCACACCGGCGUGGCGCAGCGGCUGGUGUGGGAUGCGAGCAGCCGGGCGUGGAUCUCCUUCUUCAAGGGGCCCAAGGGCGACUGCGACGCCUACGCCCACUGCGGCGCGUUCGGCCUCUGCAACGGCACCGCGGUGUCGGUCUGCGGCUGCGUCCCUGGGUUCGUCCCCGCGACUUCGUCGGCGUGGCAGCUGAAGCAGUACGCCGGCGGGUGCCGGCGAAACGAGGUCCUGGACUGCCGCGGCGGGACCUCGACGGACCGCUUCAAGCUGGUUCCGGGGGUGAAGCUUCCCGACACGCACAAUGCGUCGGUGGACACCGGCAUCACCCUGGAGGAGUGCAAGGCGAGGUGCUACGCCAACUGCUCGUGCUUGGCCUACGCCGCCGCCUAUACACAAGAAAGUGGUGAUGGUACAGGCUGCAUCAUCUGGGCGGAUACCAUCGUUGAUAUUCGUCUCCUUGACAGAGGGCAGAAUCUCUACUUGAGGUUGUCAAAAUCGGAAUUUGAUGAUCCCAUUGACGGUAAAAGAUUUCCGAUUUUACUCGUUGUGGCACCUAUAGCAUCUUUAGCUUCUGCUCUUACUGUUCUUCUGGUCAUCUUCCUGAUCAGGUGGAGAAUGAGACGCAGAAUUAUUGGUGCUAUUUCUCAAAAUCCAUCUAUGGCUGUUCUUUCAGUAAAUCUAGCUACCAUAAAGCAUGUCACCAAAAGUUUCUCUGAAGAUAACAGAAUCGGUGAAGGUCGAUUCGCCAAUGUUUACCAGGCGCAACUCGCUGAAGGAAGAACGAUUGCAGUCAAGAGGCUUAAACAAUCAGCUCUCACCAGGAAAGGCAACAGAUAUUUCGCGAGAGAAGUGGAGGCGAGGGCAGGGCUCCGCCAUGAGAGUCUAGUCCGUCUCCUUGCCUAUUGCAACCAAGGAAAGGAGCGGAUACUCGUCUACGAAUACAUGGAACAUAAUAGCUUGGACGUCUACAUAUUUGGAUCUGGUGAGAGUGUAAUCCACGGAGAUCUAAAACCGGGCAACAUUCUUUUAGACAAUGAAUGGAUACCUAAGAUUGCAAACUUUGGCACCGCGAAGCUGUUGGCAGUUGAUCAAAUGGGGCAUGGUCAGACAAUUUUAGUUUCAACGGGUUACGCUUCCCCGGAAUAUGAGCAAGCUGGAGAUAUGACACUCAAAUGCGAUAUCUAUAGCUUUGGGAUUAUCAUCUUGGAGACUCUCUGUGGGCGGAGGAAUAAUGAAAUUAAGAGCCUCCUUGAACAUGUCUCGAAACCGUGGCAGAGAAACAAUGUCAUGGAACUUUUUAAUGAAAUGGGGUUGCCUCUUCCUGAGUCUGAUAGUGAGGUCUUGUUCAAGCUCGAACGGUGCAUCGAGACUGCGCUCCGUUGUAUCCGGGACAGUCCUGACAACCGACCACCCAUGUCUGACAUUGUCUACAUGCUAACAAACAUACCUUCAUAUGUCAAUCUGACAAGACAUCAGACGGGGGAUAGCAUGUUCACAUCAAAGUCCCGCGAAUCAGGAGAGGCCGGCCCCUCGUCAUCUGACGUAAAUUGUCUUCGUCCAUCCAUCAAUCAAGCUGAUGUUGACUAA